GCCUAAAGAAAUUUUAAUUUUUUUAAUAAAAAACGCUAAUUUGACAUUACUCAAAAUGUUAACUAAACAACUCUGUAAUUGAAUUGUUUGUAAACAAAUAUAAACAAAGAAUUUUAUUGUAGAAAAUUGAAUUUACUAACCAAGAAAUGCAAAAUUUAGAGGUUUUAAUAAAUUUAAUAGAAACGGUUAAAAAUCACCCUAAACUAUUUACAAAUACGCCACAAAAUGAUCGGGAGGAGCUUCAAGAAUGGACGGAUGUAGCGAAUGUAUGUAAAAUUACAAUUUCCGAGGCACAGGAUCAAUGGAAUCUACUUUUAAUGGAAUAUGUGGAAUAUUUAAGAAAUAAUCAGGAUUUUAAUUUAGCACAACAUAUGGAUUUCUUGCAACCAUAUUUUUUUACGAUAAAUGAUGGUGAAGCUAUUGAUGAAGAUGAGCUAUUAAAUGCUAUUGACUGUAAAAAAAUUGCUGAAAAUGACUCAAAUGCGGAAGAUAUAAAAAAUGAAAAGGAAAUGGAUAGAAAUUCCUCAGAACUGCAGAAUAAAGUUAAUGAAAAAAUUGCCAAAACAGAAAAGUCACCCACAACAAGUAAUCAAUUGACACCAGCUAUAUCAUCUGAAACAAACAAUCCAAGUAAUUCUUUUACAAAUUUGUCCUCACUGGAGCUAAUAUUUCUAGGCUAUGCAAAACAAUUACAAAAGAUGCCUCUACCGUUACAACUUAAAACAAAACGUAAAAUUGCCGAUAUAAUGGACGAAGCUGAACUACAAAUGAUGAGUUAAAUAGCCAUUUGUAGAAUUAUAUUAAAUCUUUAUUAUAAAGAUAUAGACUAUCAUUUCAUACCUACAUGCAUUAUUAUACAAAUUAUAGUUGCCUGUAAACACCCAAGAGCUUUAUUUCUAAAUAAAAGAACUUAUUUUGUUUAUUAGCCAUUA